AUGGGCCGUCAUAAAGAAGGAGCAGAUGGCGACUUGAAUACUUCUAUAUCGCCGGAAUGGUUUGGGGCAACGGAUGAUCUGAACCGCGUCACGGCUCGUCGGGGGACUGGCGUGGAAGACGGUUUUGGAGGCGUUGAUCACCACACACAGGCCAAAAUGCUUCUGGACCAUUUCAAUCCGAAACGUCAUAAGAGGCGGCGGCAUCCGAAACAGGCCCAGUCCGGCGCAUCCACGGCUCCUUCAACCCCAGACCUUGGCGAGCAUCGCAUGGGAACCCCGGUCGACGGCAGCAUCCUCUCCCAAUUGCUCCGUUCUUGUGCGGACAACUCGGCUUCAGAGAGCGGAUUUUCUCUCACGCCAGGGACCAGGACCCCGGAAAAUAAUGCGACAGAGUCAGAAACAGACACGGCGCGUGCGCCGAGAUCCAGACGAGGGAACAAGCGCAAUGUCAAAUGGUACAACAGCGAACAACACCUCGCCGAACGGGCGUCGACGCCGCCGCCGUGGGAGCACAGAAAAAGACCAAAGAGUGACAGGCAGGCCCGGCUGACGAAGCACAUUGCCACGGUGCUUGCUCGGCAGCAGUACAUGAUGCAGCUCUGCCGCACGCUGAUGAUGUACGGCGCCCCGACUCACCGGCUGGAGGAAUACAUGGCCAUGACGGCCAAUGUCUUGGAGAUAAGGGCGCAAUUUCUGUACAUCCCAGGCUGCAUGUUCAUCUCAUUUGACGACGCGCUUACGAGGACUGCCGAUGUCAAAAUCAUCCGCGUGGUGCAAGGCCUGGAUUUGUCCCGACUCGCCGCCACACACAACGUGUAUAAGAAUGUAGUCCAUGACGUGAUCUCUCUGGAACAAGCCACCGAGGAGCUGGACGACAUCAUGACGUCGACCGCCCGGUACAAUAAAUGGCUUGUCAUCCUCUUCAUGGCGCUGGCCAGCGUCUCCGUCGGACCGUAUGCGUUUUCCGCCCGCCCAAUCGACUUGCCCGUCAUCUUCGUGCUCGGCCUGCUCGUCGGCUUCAUGCAGCAGGUUGUCGCGCCGGCGUCGUCGACGUAUGCCAACGUUUUGGAAGUGUCGGCCGCCAUAUUGACGUCCUUUCUGGCACGGGCGUUCGGGAGCAUCAAACACAACGGUACGUACCUCUUUUGCUUCCCGGCCAUUGCGCAGUCUGCCAUUGCCAUGAUCCUCCCGGGGUUUGCGGUUCUGAGCAGCAGCCUGGAGCUGCAAUCCCACCAGAUGAAUGCCGGCUCCAUCCGGCUCGUGUAUACUAUCAUCUACUCUCUCUUCCUGGGCUACGGCGUGACCGUGGGGACGACAAUCUACGGCCUGAUGGAUCCCAACGCGACCACGCAGACGCAGUGCACGGCAGAUAGUCUUGAAGCGGCGUACGGGAGCCAAUAUGUCCAGCACUUUCCGUUCGUUGCGCUCUUCUGCUUAUUUGCCGCCCUGACAAACCAGUCCCGGCUGAAGCAGCUGCCCGUCACGGUCGGGAUGGGCGUCUGCGGCUACGUGACGAAUUACUUCAGCACCACCAAGCUCGGUCCGAACCAGGUCGCCAACACGGUCGGGGCCUUUACUAUUGGGCUCAUGGCCCAUUUGUACAGCCGCAUCUGGCACGGGCAUGCUGCGGCCACGAUGAUUCCAGGUAUUUUUACCCUCGUGCCGUCGGGGCUCGCGUCUUCGGGCUCCAUCAUCUCGGGGCUCGACUUUUCAGAGUCCAUCACGCAUAAUGCCACUGCCCCCGGCACGACGGGGGCGGCAAGCUCAAACUCGCUGACUGCUCUAGGCUACGGCAUGAUACAGACGGCUAUUGGGAUCUCGGUUGGCCUGUUCAUGUCGGCGCUCAUCGUGUAUCCGCAUGGCAAAAGGAGGAGUGCAAUUUUUAGUCUCUGA